GCCACUCUCUCUCUCUCUCUCUCUCUCUCUCUCUCUCUCUCUGCCUCACUCACUCCCAUUAUAUAAUCAGAAGCUUCUUAGAGGAGUGAAGUGAUGAUGAUCCUGGAGUGAUCUGGUUCUGGUUCUGGUUCUGGCUUUGCAUUGCGUGAGGGUCAGUCUGCUGUGCAAAAUUCUCUGUAAGGUGGAGCGCACCAGCAACAAAUGGCGUUCACCUCCCUGCAAGUCUGCAUGGAUUCAUCCGACUGGCUACAGGGCACUCUUCACGACGAGUCGGGAAUGGACAUAUCCUCGCCGAAUUCAGGCGACAUGCUCGCGUGCUCGAGGCCCUUGAUGGAGAGGAGGCUCAGGCCACAGCACGACCAGCCCUUGAAGUGCCCGAGGUGCGAGUCCACCCACACCAAGUUCUGCUACUACAACAACUACAGCCUCUCGCAGCCCCGGUACUUCUGCAAGACCUGCCGCCGCUACUGGACCAAAGGCGGCACCCUCCGCAACAUCCCCGUCGGAGGCGGCUGCCGGAAGAACAAGAAAGCUUCUAGUUCCGGUGGUAAUAACGGCAACAACAAUGCCACAAGCAAGAAAUUGGCCAACAGUGAUCAUCAAGGAUUUGGGGUCCCCAGCCACCCCGGACAGUCGUCGGCGUCCUCGUCUCGCGGCGACCACUCGACCGACCUCCACCUCUCGUUCUCGCCCGAGGUGCAGCUCUCACACCUCCACGGCUUGCUAGGAGUCCAUGGGGCCACCUUUGCCGGCCCGGGCAACAAUUUCUCAGGCCACGAGAAUCCGAGGCCGAUCGAUUUCUUGGAGAACAAGGUAAUGAGUUACGACAGCAGUUUCAUGCUGAGUGGAGAGAGCCCUAAUCCCCACUUGGGCAUGGUCGGAGAUCUCGGCUCUACCGGGUUGGGCCCGAACUUCCACAGCCUCUAUGGCCCGUUCGGGAUGGCCAUCGACGGCGGUAACAGCGGGACUACUAAUAGUUUCAUGGAGAAUUGCCAGAGACUGAACAUGCUCGUCCCAUACGAUCACCACGGCCAUGAUCAGGAACAGAUCAAUGCGAUGGAUGUGAAGCCGAACCCGAAGCUCUUGUCGCUGGAGUGGCAAGAUCAAGGUUGCUCCGACGCGAGCAAGAACGGGUAUGGCUACUUCAACGGUUUAGGACCGUCUUGGACUGGGAUGAUGAGUGACUAUAACCCCUCUGCGACCAACCCAUUAGUCUAAAAAUGGAGCUGCUGCAUAGUAAUAGGAUUUGCUAUUUCCAGAUCGGUUAUUCCGAUCGACUUUGGCAUUGACGACACAGGAGUGUGAAAAUGAGAAGCCUGAGAGUUCAACAAUGGCUGCCUCUGACCAUCAUCAUCACUAUUGAUUGUCAUAAUUUUUACAUUUCCUUUUCUGGGUCGAGUUUCUUUUUUCGGGUCGUCUUUUGUUGUCAUCUGAUGGGGGUCGUCUAGUGUGAAAGAUCUGAAUUCAAAGCCGUAGGAUUUUGUGGGCAACUCCGAGGAAGAUAUGUCAGUGCUCUUUUCUCUGUCUUAGUGUUUAAAAUGUGUUAGAAAUUAAUGUUAUCCCCCUAUUUUAAGAGGUGGCAUCUGUCUUUUGUUUAUGCUGAACGGUUUGAUUACUGUUAUGCUUUUGCCCUUAAAGGGUUUCCGAUGGCGUCUUUCAUGGUUUUUGAGGAAAGGCACAUAAAGCAGGUUUCUUGAUU